GGUGCUCUCGUAGGCCUACAAUUAGGUUUUGUCACUUUAUUGUCCCAGCAUUGGGUUAAUAAAAUCUCGAUUUGCCGAUUACAUCAUCGUCAUCUCGAUUCUUAAUCAGGUACAUAAUCUGAUGGCUGACUCUACUGGUAGAGUGGGAAUGGAAUAUAAUUAUCAGUUCUGGUUGGACUAUGGGUUGAUUUCAGAGGAGCACGGAUACAAAUUGACUCUGGGAGUUAAAAACGUCAUCUUUGAAAUCAGAACGAAUUUCAUCCUAAGGAAGAAGAAGAUUAGACAUGAUUGUGAAGAUGAAGACGAAGAUGAAGAUGAAGACGAGAUUCUCGACUCGGAGACAUUGAGUUUUUGCUUUCCAUAUAACACCAACGACCAUACACCACCUCUCCUAUUUUUUGUUUGUUUCAGGCUAGCCGACUACUGGAUGACUAGGGAUGAAAUGGAUGCUCUUGUAAACAAUGCCAUUGAUUUCGCAAGAAGACAAAUGGAGGCAGCUCAUCCUCAACUCACCAAUCUUGUGGUCCCCGUAGUAGUUGGGGUCAAUGUUUGCACCGUUCAGCAAGAGGGCGAGACUGUUGUCGAAGCAAGGAAUAGGUCAAUUAGGGCAAAACAUCUGGUCCCAGCAUAUCUCUGGCAACAUCCGUAUUUUAAAAUGGAUGAGCAUACUACAAGACCAAAACCUCCAAGGCUUAUGAGUUUUCUUAGGCUACUACCCAGAAUCAGAAACGUUGUUGUUGAUGACGAUGAUGAUGGCGACAAUGAUAAUUUUGUGUGCUCAAUCUGUUCGAAGAAUCCAUGGUUUGGAGUUCAAAAAACAAGCCUCCCUUGCUGCGGACACACUUUCCAUUCUCACUGUGUUGUUCCAUGGCUCGAACACAACCACCUUUGCCCCUCCUGCCAUUCUCCAGCCUAUGACCCUCAUUACAUGAACUUGUUUUAAUUUUUAUUUACAAUUAUGUAUCCAUAGUUUUUAUUUAACUCACUUCUUUCAAA